AUGGAUGGUGCUAAGCCAUAUACUUCACCAGUCACAAGUGAACCAAAGUUGUCUGCUUAUGAAGGAGAUCCGUUUGAAGAUGUAACUCUUUAUCGACAAACGGUUGGGGCACUUCAAUAUCUGUCCCUUACCAGACCUGAUAUUACAUACUCUGUUAACCAGGUAUGUCAGCAUAUGCACACCCCAAGGAUUCCACACUGGGUUGCCGUUAAACGAAUCUUGCGCUAUUUAAAAGGCACUAUCAAUCACGGUUUGUUCCUUCCUGCAAAUAGCUCUAGCAGUCUAGUUGCAUAUUCUGAUGUGGAUUGGGCAGGAAAUGUCAAUGACAAACGUUCAAUUACUGGAUUCUGCAUUUACUUAGGUAACAGUCUUAUCUCAUGGGCUGCUAAGAAGCAACAAGCAGUUUCACGCUCUAGUACAGAAUCUGAGUACAGAGCUCUUGCAGUAACAGCCGCCGAAGUGUCAUGGAUAAGAAGUCUCCUAAAGGAUCUACAAGUAUUCAUCAAAGAUGUCCCUAUUUAA